CAUCCUUUAGUCGUUCUUCCAGUACUGUUUCCUCGCCUUUGCGCCCGACUCGCCGUUCUUCGCUCAGACUGGCAGUCUGACCUCCCUCUGCACACUCUAUCAUCAUGCCAAAGUUGGACAUAAACAAGGCAGGCUGGGAACAGAGCGAGUUCCCAAUCUUGUGUGAAACAUGUCUCGGCGACAAUGCAUUCGUUCGAAUGUCCAAGCAAGAAUAUGGUCGAUCUUGUGGAACUUGUGCUCGACCCUUCACUGUCUUCCGCUGGAACCCAGGCACCGGUAUGCGCUUCAAGACGACGGUGAUUUGCCAGACUUGCGCAAAGAUUAAGAAUGUGUGUCAAACGUGUUUGCUGGAUCUCGAGUAUGGCCUGCCAACACAGGUCCGCGACACCGCGCUGGCGAUCGAGAACGAGGCCCCGACGAGCGAGAUAAAUAGGGAGUACUAUGCUCAGAAUCUGGAGGGAAAGCUGGAGGGAAACAGGUCAUUACUGGACUCUAGCCGCGCAUCCUCAGCAGGAAAGGAAAUGCUGAAGCAACUUGCCCGCACUGACCCUUACUACAAGCGCAACCGGCCGCAUAUAUGCUCCUUUUACGCCAAAGGCGAGUGCAAUCGUGGUGCUGACUGCCCCUUCAGGCAUGAGAUGCCCGUGAACAAUGAGCUCUCGAAGCAGAAUAUUCAGGACCGGUAUCAUGGUCGAGAGGACCCUGUGGCAAAGAAAAUCUUGUCACAGCAUGCUGCUAAUAUGGGUCUGCAACCUCCGGAAGAUCAGUCCAUUAUGUCGCUCUUUCUCACUUCACUGCCCUCCACUGCGACUGAAGAGAACAUCCGGACGUGGGUGGUCAAGUCUCUUCCCGCCAUUGAUCCCGCACAAAUCAAAUCCGUCGUCCACGUCGCGAAGUCGAGAUGCGCGUUCGUCAACUUUAAGGACAGGCCUUCAGCAGAGCUAGCUGCACAGGCUUGGGCCAAUGGGUUUGAGAUGGAGGGUCAAACUGCGAGUGUGAAAUGGGGCAGGAGCAAAGGCGCAGCUGGAAAGCCCAAGCUGGCUGCUGAGAUUGCUGCAUAACAUGUCUGUGAUCAGCCUCGCGGUGUACGGUUGUAGUAUAUCUAUGGUAGUCUCACUUUAUCACCUGUAGAAACCAAUGCAACUUGGAUAAGUGCUUGUCGUUC